AAAGACAGGCACACCGGGCUGGACCUCCGGGCAGAGGCAACACCGGGCUGGACUCCGGGCAGAGGCACACCAGGGCUGGAUCUGACGUCGGGCAGAGGCAACACCGGGCUGGACUCGGGCAGAGGCCCACACGGGCUGGACUCCGGGCAUGAGGCACACCGGGCUGGACUCCGGGGCAGAGGCACAUCGGGCUGGACUCCGGGCAGAGGCACAUCGGGCUGGACUCCGGGCAGUGGCACAUCGGGCUGGACUCCGGGCAGAGGACACACAUCGGAUUACCAGGCGAAGCAGCAGGCAGCGGGCCACCCCAGGCGGAGCAGCGGGCACCGGGCCAACCCCGGGCGGAGCGGCGGGCGCCGGGCCCCCAGGCAGGGCGAC